UUUUCUGCUGACAGUUUCGCUUUGGAGUGCGACAGAUCGUCAAUAAUAAGCGACGUACGUGUGGGAAAAAGUGACGGCUAUGGGGAAAUAGUUUGACUUAUCCGUUGACGUAACGUUAUUAUAGUACGAUCCGGGCCAAGUUUCACUUUUUUUUUCAUAAAUUAAAAAGUGAUGUGCGAAAUUAUGAUUUUUCAAGUGUAGAUUUUAAUGUUGUGGAUAUUUUAAUAGAAAUUAUUAGACAUGACAGCGAACAUACGAAACGACGCGAGCUACAGCGACGACAAUUUUUCUGACGACGAAAGUUCUCCACUCACGGAAAACAUCUAUGGAGGAAGUGUUAGGACAGUCCAGGAAACAAAAGGAUGGGACGUUUUCCGAGACCCUCCGAUCAAGGAGGAGUCCGGUUCCAUGGCAAACCAAAAAUGUCUGGAAAUUACCGUAAAAAUACUAAAAAUCGUGGCAUAUUUGGUGACCUUUAUAAUUGUACUUGGAUCUGGAGUGAUAUCGAAGGGCACGUUAUUAUUUAUGACCUCACAACUUAGGGAAAAUAAGAUCGUACCCUAUUGCAAUAGGGACUUAGGUAGAGAAAAACAAUUCAUAGUGAAACUCCCAACGCAAGAGCGAGUGGCCUGGAUGUGGUGCAUCUUUUUCGCCUUCUGUGUGCCACAGUUGGGCGCACUCUUCCGUUCCACCAGGAUGUGCUACUUUAAAUCGUCCAAACGACCUCCCUUUUCCCAUUUCUUGAUGAUAGUGAUUCCAGAGACCGCCCACACCAUUGGACUCGCCCUAAUGGCGUUCUACAUCCUGCCAGAUAUCGAUGUGGUAAAAGGAGCCAUGUUGACCAACUGUUUAUGCUUUGUUCCAGGAGUUCUAGGUCUACUUUCAAGAAACAACAAGGAAUCGGGACGUUUUAUUAAAGUAAUCAUGGAUCUCAUUGCGAUAUCGGCGCAAGCUACUGGAUUCAUCGUAUGGCCAAUCAUAGAGAAUCGAGCGGACCUCUGGAUCAUCCCCGUCACUAUCUUUCUUAUUUCCAUGGGCUGGUGGGAGAACUAUAUCUCCAAGAACUCACCACUGCCGUUUAUCAAGAAAAUUGGGAAAAUGAGGGAAAGUUUUGACAAGACCAGAUACUUCACUUACAUGUUCGUUUCCAUUUGGAAGAUGCUGAUCUUCUUCUUGACGAUAUUGGUCGUAUUACUUAUAAGGGAAGGGGAAACUGCUUUCUUUUUCACGGAGUUUUCUGAAAGCUUUAAUGUUCAUCCUAUAACUGUUAUAGAGAUAAAACCAGUACUAGGCGGCACAGUUCUCCCGGACAUCUCCGAGAUUAUCCCAACAGGUGACGACACCGUAAUCCAAUCGAACGACUGGAGUCCGAUCUACGUGAUGCUCAUCAACAUCAUCGCCUCGUACUUGGCUUACAUCUUCGGCAAGUUCGCCUGCAAAAUCAUGAUCCAGGGAUUCUCGUACGCUUUCCCGGUGAACCUCACUAUUCCCGUGACCGUGUCCUUACUAAUAGCCGCCUGUGGACUCAGGAAUGGCGAUCCAUGCUUUUUCCAUGAAACGCUACCGGAUUAUUUGUUCUUCGAGAUUCCGAACAUCAGUUUCUUGAACGAUUUCAUUUCGCAUCAGCACGCGUGGAUUUGGUUGUUGUGGUUGCUGUCGCAGACCUGGGUGACUUUGCACAUCUGGACGCCCAAGUGUGAACGUCUGGCGAGGACCGAGAAACUCUUUGUGGUCCCGAUGUAUGAUGGGUUGUUGAUUGAUCAGAGCCUGGGGAUGAAUAGACGUCGUGAUGAUGAAGCAGACGUGAAAACCGAAGACCUGGAUGAGAUCCAGAAGGAAAAAGCUGAUGAGUACUACGAAACCAUUUCAAACCACACAGAUGGAUCUUCACCGAAAGUAAUUAAGAGCUCUGAUAACAUCACCAGGAUCUACGCCUGUGCUACCAUGUGGCACGAGAACAAGGAAGAAAUGAUUGAGUUCUUAAAAUCGAUCUUGAGGCUUGAUGAAGAUCAAUCGGCCAGGAGGGUGGCCCAGAAGUAUCUCAGAGUAGUUGAUCCAGAUUAUUACGAAUUUGAAACGCAUAUUUUCUUCGAUGACGCAUUUGAAAUUGCCGAUCAUAACGACGACGAUACUCAGGUGAACCGAUUCGUGAAACUCCUCAUUGCUACCAUUGAUGAGGCGGCCUCCGAUGUCCAUCAGACUCACAUUAGGGUCAGACCACCUAAGAAGAUACCCACUCCUUAUGGAGGUCGAUUAAUAUGGCAACUACCAGGAAAAACGAAAAUGAUCGCCCACUUGAAGGACAAAAUGAAGAUCCGUCACAGGAAACGUUGGUCACAAGUGAUGUACAUGUAUUACCUUCUUGGACAUAGACUGAUGGAGCUACCAAUAUCUGUGGAUCGAAAAGAAACAAUUGCUGAAAACACUUAUCUAUUAACUCUGGAUGGGGAUAUUGAUUUCCAACCUUCAGCUGUACUGCUCCUGAUAGAUUUGAUGAAAAAGAACAAAAAUCUUGGUGCUGCUUGUGGACGUAUUCAUCCAGUAGGUUCUGGACCAAUGGUGUGGUACCAACUAUUCGAAUACGCUAUUGGUCAUUGGCUCCAAAAGGCCACCGAGCACGUUAUUGGUUGCGUACUGUGUAGUCCCGGAUGUUUUUCACUUUUUAGAGGAAAAGCCCUUAUGGACGACAAUGUUAUGAAGAAAUAUACUACAUGUUCUGCCGAAGCAAGACACUACGUCCAGUACGAUCAAGGAGAAGAUAGAUGGCUCUGCACUCUACUGCUCCAGCGAGGCUACCGAGUAGAAUAUUCAGCUGCCUCUGAUGCCUACACUCACGCCCCAGAAGGUUUCAAUGAGUUUUACAAUCAGAGACGUAGAUGGGUUCCCUCGACUAUCGCCAACAUCAUGGACUUGCUAAUGGACUCUAAAAGGACCAUAGAAGUAAACGACAACAUUUCUAUGCCCUACAUCGGCUACCAGAUCUUACUUAUGGGCGGUACCAUCUUGGGACCUGGAACUAUAUUUCUUAUGUUGGUGGGUGCCUUCGUGGCCGCCUUUCAAAUCGACAACUGGACCAGCUUUUACUAUAAUUUGUACCCCAUUAUGUUCUUCAUGCUUGUGUGUUUUACUUGCAAAUCCAAUAUCCAGCUGAUAGUGGCUCAGAUCCUCUCCACUUGCUAUGCACUUAUAAUGAUGGCCGUGAUCGUGGGUACUGCCCUUCAGUUAAGGGAGGACGGCGUGGGUUCUCCCUCUGCCAUUUUCCUAAUUGCCAUGACCGGAUCUUUCUUUAUAGCGGCCUGUUUGCAUCCCCAAGAGUUCUGGUGUAUUGUGCCAGGGAUGAUUUACCUACUCUCAAUACCUUCUAUGUACCUGCUGCUGAUCCUGUAUUCGAUUAUUAACUUGAAUAACGUCUCUUGGGGGACGCGAGAAGUAGCUGUGAAAAAAACCAAAAAGGAACUAGAAGAAGAGAAGAAACAAGCAGAAGCAGCAAAGAAAAAAGUCAAAAACAAAUCCCUACUAGGUUUCCUACAAAGCGGAGGAACAAGUGACGACGACGAGGGCAGUAUCGAGAUUUCAUUGGCUGGACUAUUCAAAUGUAUGCUCUGCACCCACCAGAAGGCCGGAGAUGAAAAAGCCCAAUUGAUUCAUAUCGGGGAAUCACUGGAUACACUGCAAAAGAGACUGGAUCACAUUGAAAAAGUGGUAGAUCCUUCUGGACAUGCCUCAAGAAAACGCAGCAUGUCAGCCUCCUCACGCCACGGUGGCCACGGUUCCGAUCUUCAUCACUUGAGUGCAGUCAAUGAAGAUGCUAACGAAGAUGCUUCUUCUGAAUCAGACUCAGAAAGCACCAGUACAGUGCCUCAGAAUAAGAGAGAUGAGUUGGUGAAUCCCUACUGGAUAGAAGAUCCGGACGUCGGCAAGGGAGAGGUAGAAUACCUUAGCAGCACCGAAAUGCAAUUCUGGAAGGAUCUGUUGGCGAAAUAUCUGUAUCCUUUAGAUGAAAAUAAGGAGGAAAAGGAUCGCGUCGCAAAGGAUCUGAUCGAACUGCGAAACAAAUCCGUGUUUGCAUUUUUCAUGUUUAACGCUCUUUUCGUGUUGGUCGUAUUCUUGUUGCAACUCAAUAAAGAUCAGAUCCACGUGAAGUGGCCUUUGGGGAUCAAAACCAAUAUCACGUAUAUUGAGGAGACCUCAGAGCUGGUAAUCACCAAGGAAUACCUCCAACUGGAACCCAUCGGUCUGGUAUUCGUAUUCUUCUUCGCCUUAAUUCUGGUCAUCCAGUUCGUCGCUAUGUUGUUCCAUAGAUUCGGAACUAUUGCCCAUAUUUUGGCCUCAACUGAUCUCAACCUAUGCAGCAAAAAGAAAGAGGAAAUGUCUCCUAACGCCUUAUUGGACAAGCAAGCGGUCGAGAUAGUAAAACAAUUGCAAAAACUCCAAGGAAUUGACGAUGGGGAUUACGAUAACGAUUCAGGAUCGGGUCCGGACCGAAUUGGGCGCAGAAAAACCAUUCAUAACAUCCAGAGGGCGGCUCAGAAGAAGCGGCAAAUUGGUACCCUGGAUGUAGCUUUUAAGAAGAGAUUCGCCAAACUUAAUGCCAAUCCAAAUGGCGGUACCCCAGUACUAUCCAGGCGUAUGACCAUGGGCAGAGAAACCAUGAAAGCUCUCGAGGUGCGCGUCAAUUCCGUUAUGGCGGAACGAAGAAAGUCCCACAUGCAAACCCUGGGAGCGAAAAACGAUUUUUCCAAUAAUACUGUGACCAAUAACAACGUGAAUAAUUUAACAAGAAAUCACAGGAGCAGCGUUGCAAGUUCUAUUGCUGCUAAGGAUAUUUUUGAAAAUGGGCAUGUAAAUAAGGCGUAUGAGGAGGAGAGCACUUAUGGCAGCAGGAACUCUUUGGCAAUGGCGCAAAGAGGGCAACAAUGGAAAGGGAGUAAUAGUAGAAUGUAAAUAGAAAAUUAAAUAAGUGAGGGUUUAUUGAUAAGUGAACGUAUUUUGCUUGAGGAUCAAAUUACGAUGAUAUUGGAUAAGUUGGUGUAACGUCAGUCAGAUUUGUAAAUAAUUUACACGAUAUUUACUGUCGUUUUGCUCAAUUUACAAAUCUGAUGAUUACAUUGAUUGUGUUGUAAUUAUUUACUUGUGCACUGUAUAAAGAAAUUACUCAUAUCACUGCCUAAAAUACUCCAAUAAUACUCAAGUUUCUAUAAUUCUUUAAACUUUACUGCCAAUGGUUGUAUAUUUUUUGUUUUCUCUUUAUUGCCAUUUAUAUUAGUUUCUUUUUUUAUAUACUUUACAAGACUUGAAAUUGUGAGAACUAGCUCAAAUUUUGCCUUUUUUCUGCACUCUUUUGUGGAAAAAAGCAACAAUUUUUUUUUAAGUUUGUAUUUAUAUUAGUUUAUUUUAAUUAAGAUGCUUCGAAUUUGUGAUAAGAAUAAAAUAAAAUAUUUUAUUUUAA